AUGCCGAGACCUAAAAUUAUAAGAACUCCAAAAGAGAUCAAAACAAGUCAAAAAAAUAAAAGAGAGUAUUUUAAAAAAUAUUUGAAAGAAUAUCGCCUUAAGAAAAAAACUAAGGAUAAAGAUUAUGGUCAUAAGACUAAAGCCUCGGAGACAAAUGAAACAAAAAAUGAAGUUAAAGGCUUUGUUGUUGCUGAAUUAGUCGAAAGACAUAACAAAAAAUCAAAGAAAGGAGAAACUUAUUAUAUUUUAGAAAUAAGUGUUCGCCGAAAUAUAACCGAAAUGGUUUUAGAAUUAAAAAAUCAAACUAAUUCGGUUUCUGUAAAUGCUAAUGAUCCUCUUUAUGUUUUCACUAAUGAAGGUAAAAAUAGAAAAUUAUCAAAUGAUAGAAAGAGUGUUGAAAGAACUUUAAGAUUGGUAUUAGAUAGAAAAGAUGCAGAAAAUGAAGAAGAAAUAAUAACUAAUCAAGAGUUACUAAGCGACUUAAAAAGAAGAAUAAAAGAAGGCAAGAUUACUUUCGAGAUGAGUGCGGUGAACAGCGACAGCAAUUCUCCUUUGGAAAUAGAUACUGAUUUAAAAGACAAUGAAAAAAAAAUUGAAGAAGCAUUCAAAAAUAAGGAGUUAGUAACUCGGAAAACCAAGGAUGGAAAAUAUUUACUUCUUAUCAAUGUUAUAACUAGGGAAUAUAUAUUAACUGAUUUAGAAUUAGUACCUAAAAUAGAUUUUGAUGCCACCGAACUUAAAAAAAAUAGUGUUCGGUGA